CAGAGCGGCGCUGCAGCGCGAGGGGCGGAGAGGCAGAGCGCCCGGAGAGGACCAGACGCCCAGGUCGCCCGCAUCCCGCUGCCGCAGGAGAGAGGAAGUGCGCCCCGGCCCUGCUCCCCAGCCUGCACCCGGGCACCCCCAGACCUUUCUCGGCCCCAGAGGCCAAGCACCUGCCCUCCACCUCGGCCUCCGCUGAGCUCCCUCCCUCGGAGCACGCACCUCCUCUGCCGCCCAGGGAGUGCAGCAGCCCCAGCCGGCGACCACCAUGACGGAGACCAACAACGAAUGCAGCAUCAAGGUGCUCUGCCGAUUUCGGCCCCUGAACCAGGCCGAGAUUCUGCGGGGAGACAAGUUCAUCCCCAUUUUCCAAGGGGACGACAGCGUCGUUAUUGGGGGGAAGCCCUAUGUCUUCGACCGCGUGUUCCCCCCAAACACGACCCAGGAGCAAGUUUAUCAUGCAUGUGCCAUGCAGAUUGUCAAAGAUGUCCUUGCUGGCUACAAUGGUACCAUAUUUGCUUAUGGACAGACAUCCUCAGGGAAAACACAUACUAUGGAGGGAAAGCUGCACGACCCCCAGCUGAUGGGAAUCAUUCCUCGAAUUGCCCGCGAUAUCUUCAACCACAUCUACUCCAUGGAUGAGAACCUUGAGUUCCACAUCAAGGUUUCUUACUUUGAGAUUUACCUGGACAAAAUUCGUGACCUUCUGGAUGUGACUAAGACAAAUCUGUCUGUGCAUGAGGACAAGAACCGGGUGCCGUUUGUCAAGGGUUGUACUGAACGCUUUGUGUCCAGCCCAGAGGAGAUCUUAGAUGUGAUUGAUGAGGGGAAAUCGAAUCGUCAUGUGGCUGUCACCAACAUGAAUGAGCACAGCUCUCGCAGCCACAGCAUCUUCCUUAUCAACAUCAAGCAGGAGAACAUGGAGACCGAGCAGAAGCUCAGUGGGAAGCUGUACCUGGUGGACCUGGCUGGCAGUGAGAAGGUCAGCAAGACUGGAGCAGAGGGAGCCGUGCUGGACGAGGCAAAGAAUAUCAACAAGUCCCUGUCGGCUCUGGGGAACGUGAUCUCUGCUCUGGCCGAGGGCACUAAAAGCUACGUUCCAUAUCGCGACAGCAAAAUGACACGGAUUCUCCAGGACUCUCUGGGAGGAAACUGCCGGACAACUAUGUUCAUCUGCUGCUCACCGUCCAGCUACAACGAUGCGGAGACCAAGUCCACCCUGAUGUUUGGGCAGCGGGCAAAAACCAUUAAGAACACUGCCUCAGUGAAUCUGGAGUUGACUGCUGAGCAGUGGAAGAAGAAAUAUGAGAAGGAGAAGGAGAAGACAAAGGCUCAGAAGGAGACGAUUGCAAAACUGGAGGCUGAGCUGAGCCGUUGGCGCAAUGGAGAGAAUGUGCCUGAGACAGAGCGUCUGGCUGGUGAGGAUGCAGUUCUGGGAGCAGAGAUCUGUGAGGAGACCCCUGUGAACGACAACUCCUCCAUCGUGGUGCGCAUCGCGCCUGAGGAGCGGCAGAAAUACGAGGAGGAGAUCCGCCGCCUCUACAAGCAGCUGGACGACAAGGACGACGAGAUCAACCAGCAGAGCCAGCUGAUCGAGAAGCUCAAGCAGCAAAUGCUGGACCAGGAAGAGCUGCUGGUGUCCACUCGAGGAGACAAUGAGAAGGUCCAGCGGGAGCUGAGCCACCUGCAGUCAGAGAAUGACGCUGCGAAGGAUGAGGUGAAGGAAGUGCUGCAGGCCCUGGAGGAGCUGGCUGUCAACUACGACCAGAAGUCCCAGGAGGUGGAGGAAAAGAGCCAGCAGAACCAGCUUCUGGUGGAUGAGCUGUCUCAGAAGGUGGCCACCAUGCUGUCCCUGGAGUCUGAGUUGCAGCGGCUACAGGAAGUCAGUGGACACCAGCGGAAACGAAUCGCUGAGGUGCUGAAUGGGCUGAUGAAGGACCUGAGUGAGUUCAGUGUCAUCGUGGGCAACGGGGAGAUUAAGCUGCCGGUGGAGAUCAGUGGGGCCAUUGAGGAGGAGUUCACCGUGGCCCGACUCUACAUCAGCAAAAUCAAAUCGGAGGUCAAGUCUGUGGUCAAGCGGUGCCGGCAGCUGGAGAACCUCCAGGUUGAAUGCCAUCGCAAGAUGGAGGUGACUGGGCGGGAGCUCUCAUCCUGCCAGCUCCUCAUCUCCCAGCACGAGGCCAAGAUCCGCUCGCUUACGGAAUACAUGCAGAGCGUGGAGCUAAAGAAGCGGCACCUGGAAGAGUCCUAUGACUCCCUGAGUGAUGAGCUGGCCAAGCUCCAGGCCCAAGAAACUGUGCAUGAAGUGGCCUUGAAGGACAAGGAGCCGGACACACAGGAUGCAGACGAAGUGAAGAAGGCCCUGGAGUUGCAAAUGGAGAGUCACCGGGAGGCCCAUUACCGGCAGCUGGCCCGGCUCCGGGACGAGAUCAACGAGAAGCAAAAGACCAUUGAUGAGCUCAAAGACCUGAACCAGAAGCUCCAGUUAGAGCUGGAGAAGCUUCAGGCCGACUACGAGAAGCUGAAGAACGAAGAACAGGAGAAGAGCACCAAACUCCAGGAGCUGACAUUUCUGUACGAGCGACAUGAGCAGUCCAAGCAGGACCUCAAGGGCCUGGAGGAGACCGUUGCCCGUGAACUCCAGACCCUCCACAACCUUCGCAAGCUGUUCGUUCAAGACGUCACGACUCGAGUCAAGAAAAGUGCAGAGAUGGAGCCCGAGGACAGUGGGGGGAUUCACUCCCAAAAGCAGAAGAUUUCCUUUCUUGAGAACAACCUGGAACAGCUUACAAAGGUUCACAAACAGCUGGUACGUGACAAUGCAGAUUUGCGUUGUGAGCUUCCUAAAUUGGAAAAACGACUUAGGGCUACGGCUGAGAGAGUUAAGGCCCUGGAGGGUGCACUGAAGGAGGCCAAGGAGGGCGCCAUGAAGGACAAGCGCCGGUACCAGCAGGAGGUAGACCGCAUUAAGGAGGCCGUUCGGUACAAGAGCUCGGGCAAGAGAGGCCAUUCUGCCCAGAUUGCCAAACCCGUCCGGCCUGGCCACUACCCAGCAUCCUCACCCACCAACCCCUACGGCACCCGCAGCCCCGAGUGCAUCAGUUAUACCAACAGCCUGUUCCAGAACUACCAGAAUUUGUACCUGCAGCCUGCACCCAGCUCCACCUCAGAUACGUAUUUUGCAAACUCCUGUGCCAGCAAUGGGGCCAUGUCUUCUGGAGGCACCUUGGCUUCCUACCAGAAGGCUAGCAUGGACAACGGAAAUGCCACAGAUAUCAACGACAACAGGAGUGACCUGCCAUGCGGCUAUGAGGCUGAGGACCAGGCCAAGAUCUUCCCUCUCCACCAAGAGACAGCAGCCAGCUAAUCUCCCACACAGACUGCUGCGUACCUGCACUUUCAGUUUCUAAGAGGGACUGAGGCCUCUUCUCUCAGCAUGCUGCAAACCUGUGGUCUCUGAUGCUAACUCCCUCCCCAACCCUUGUUGUUCGACUAUACUAUGUUUGAUGUCUUCUCUUACUCUGUAUCUCUUUGUACUCUGUAUCUAUAUAUCUAAGGCUGCUACUAUGUCUCUCUUCUGUCUUACUCUCUAAGUAUUUAAUGAUGUAUUUAGCAAUUUCUAAACAUAGUAUACCCUCCUCAUUUGGGGGAAUAGGGAGGAGGGCAAAUGUCUCUUCUUUCUCUCACACUGUAUGGUGUUAGUCAUGGAGAUGAUAAAAGGUAAAACGGGAGGUAGAGGGCUGCGACCCUUCACACACACACACACACACACACACACACACACAGAGCCUUAAGCAGAAGAAUGUCUUAACAUCAUAAAAAGAUACAGAAAUAGACUCUUCUUCCUCCCUCCUCUUUCACAUAUAGCAUGGGGGGGGGGGGGUGUAAGGUGAGAGGACUACUAAAUUAUAUGUAGAAUUUUCUUCAUACACCCUUCACCCGAAUCGAGGGAUUCCAGGUACGCACCUCUGCCCUUUGAGGUCUGCCUUUUGCCUCCCUCUUCCUGUUCUCUCCUGGAUGAUUAAGAACAGAGAUUGCUCAAGGGACCGCUUCCCUUUUUCCUCAAAACUUUUAAUAUUCUGGAUCCCAGAGUUCCUGACCAGAACCUACAGUGCUUUGAAAUAUUUUGAAAGGUUGAGGAGGCAGACGCUUCUGACAGUCAAAUAGUUGGUCAUCUGUCCACAAUGAUAUUUGCAGGCAAGCAUAGUCAAAUGAGUGCUUCUUUGGGUUGAGGGUGAGCAGGCUGGGAAAUUCCUGAGUAUUUUUGCCAUGGUGAUGAGCUGGGUUCCUUUCUCUGCCCCAUAUUGGGAUGCAUUUCUUCCCAUCUCCAGCUUUUGGUUUGGGGCUUCCAGUUCAUUGGCAAAAUGUCUACCUUGCGAUGCCUUUCUUUCAAGCUGGAGCCUGCCUUUUCCCCAAUAUACACUUAAACUUUUUUUUUUUUUUUUAACAAAGAGUUCCUUCUAUAAUAUCCCCAUCUGGUAAGUGCACUUUAAAAAAGGGGCAGGUCAGAUUUUCCAGAGGUGGAGGAACCCCAGGGCUGGAACUGGGUGUCUUCCCCCAAGCCCCUCAACCCCCAUGUAAUGGAUAGGACUAUUGUUUUGGUUUCAGACGUCUUUUCCUUCUACAUGGUGCUAAGGUGGUUUUCCAGGUAACUGCAGGGAUGGAGAAUGGAGGUCACAAGCCAGUCCAAAUUAAGGAAGUCUGAUGCCCAGAUAUCCAGUCUUAUCGAGGAUGGAAGAACAGGAUCCGCCAGCAGCAGGGCAACCAUCCCCUAGCUUCUAAGUCAGGAAAGAAAGCUCAUUGUGAGUGCAAGUCAGUAAGUACAGGCUGUGUUAGCCCAGGGCUCCUUCAAGGAAAGAGGACCUUUCUCCCUUUUAGCAAUUAAGGAGAAAUGCAGUGGGGAGGAGAGAAAUGCCAGAGGGAAGUGGAAUAAAUCCAAAGCAGUGAUAUUCAAACAUUUUUCAUAAGAAGUCUUAUAUAGAACCCUACUAUAAAAAAUGACUAAAAGUGAUA